AUUUAACUGGCCGGCUGCUAUUUUACUUGGAGCUUUGAGUUACCCCUCACUUUAAUAUAAAACAGAACCUAAGAACCAAGAAUGCGCAUUCAAAUUAAAUGAUUCGGUGCCAGUUGUAUUUUAUUAAUUAAUAACAAAUGAUGAUGACAUCCCCAACCAGUUGACGAUAAAAGCUAAGAUGGGCAACAAAAUUUCAUCGUUUUUGGUUGCUUUGAAAAGCCAUGGAAGACAAGAUUGGCAGGCUAAUCAUUCUUAUCAUGUGUUGUUCAAUACUGAAAGGAGCCGUAUCUCAAGUUUACAGUGUUGGUGAUGAAAGCGGAUGGAGCUCCGAGGUUGACUAUGGUUCCUGGUCGGAGAAAUACAAUUUCACCGUCGGCGAUGUUCUAGUGACAGAGUCUACAUAUAGAACAUGUGAUGCGAGCAGUGGAGUAUUAGCCAAGUAUGAGAGCGGAGAUGAUAAAGUUGAGCUCACUGAAUCAAAGAAGUAUUGGUUCAUCUGCAAUCAGAGCUUGAAGAAGGUCAUCCCAAAUGUUGCUUUGGGAACUGGAAUGGUGAUUGUGGAGCUGCUAAUGAUUGUAAUAAUUAUAUUCAAUGCCUCUGUCGUGUUCUCUCACUCAGUUAAACUACCAACAAGUGGUUCACAUUGCCCACAUCAAGAAUUUGAGACAGACUGCCCCCUUGUAUCGCCAUCACAGCCCCCGUGAGCUGCCGCCGACGGACACCGUUUCCUUCUAAAAUAUUCAAUCUUUUAUGAUCUAAACCUUCUCUUUGAUGGGAUGAACCUGAACCCAUCCAACAUUGUGGAAGUAUCGUUAAAUAUGAUUUGCUUAUUAUGGCAAACCCAUUAACACAAUAUGUAUCAACGCCAAAAGCAUAGAAAAUAAAAUAAGACAUUUUUUACAUGAAAAAAUAAAGAGUAA